AUGCAGCUCUCCAUCUUAAUCGCUGCUGUCUUCACUACCGCGGUCGCAGCCAGCCCCCUCGACCUGCCUAGUCCACCAAAGAAGCAGGCCACCUACAGUGCCACACCUACGCCGACCCCUACACCAUAUCCUCCUUACCCUGGUGGUGGUGCUGCCUAUGAUGCCUGCCCUAAUGGCCUAUUUAGCAGUGCCCAGUGCUGCUCUACCGACGUUCUAGGUCUUGCUGAUCUCGAUUGCGCCAGUGUCCCCGCCAUUCCGACAAGUGCAUCUGAGUUCCGAAGUAUUUGCGCCGCCAGUGGUCAGCGAGCUCGAUGCUGCGUUAUCCCUAUUGCUGGCCAGGCUCUUCUCUGCAAUACCCCAGCUGGUGUUUAA